UUAUCGAUACAUCAACAUUGAACACUCAUCUACCACUUCGAAACCUUUCCAAACUCUGCCUCUGAUACCUAGAUGGAGAAGUAUAUACACUAGUUGUUCCGGAAUACUGACAACUCAUAAUGUCGCAUAGCAAGCGGAAUACCUCCCGCGCGGUCUUCACAUCCCACGAACGAGAUGUCGCCCGACAAGCAUGGAGCUCGACAUCGGCGCGUCUCUCACGCGAAAGCUUCCUCCCUUUCUCGUCCUGCGGCCUGUGCCUCGAGAUCGCCCGUGACCCGGUCUCAUGCACGCACGGCGACGUCUUCUGCCGCGAGUGCGCCCUCAACAACAUCCUAGCCCAGAGGAAGGAGAUUAAGCGCGUGGAGAAGCUUCGCGAACAAGAAGAGCGUGACGCGGAGGAGGAACGCGCACGCCAGGAUGAAGAGGCCCGUGAGCGCGCUGUUCGCGAGUUUGAAAUGACACAGAUCGGGUUGGAUGUGAAGGCAAGGAGUAGUGGUAAUAAUGCUGGUACUACAUCUGGGAAGUCGGACGAAAACAGCACACCGCCAACGGCAGACUCGUCAAAUAGCGGAAAGAAGCGAAAAUUCGAAAUGAAUGAGGAAGAACUAGCACGAAUAGCCAAGGAAGACAGGGCGAAAGCACGGAAGGCAAUUGAGGACGAGAAAGCAGCGAAGCCUAUAUUACCAUCGUUUUGGACACCAUCGGUAGCGACAGCAACUAAGAGGAAUGAAGCACUACACGAAAUCACCAAAAAGCAGAAGAGCACGCCUAUGUGCCCUGCAGCGAGGGAAGACAGCCCACACCCCUACUCAUUACAUACACUUGUGACGGUGAACUUUACCGAGGAAGACGAGGGCGAUGAGGGCAGGGGUAGCGGUACCUCGAACAGCAAGAAAAAGCGUAUACGUAUAUGUCCCUCAUGCAAAAAGGGACUAAGCAACUCGUCAAAAGCGAUGCUUGCAAAGCCCUGCGGUCACGUUCUAUGCAGGAAUUGUGUCGACAAAUUUAUGCGGCCUUCGCGACGCCACGAUCCCCAUGCGGCAGCUGGCGAGGCAGAGAAGGUCAGGUGUUACGUCUGCGAGGCAGAUAUUACGGAGAAGAGCGCCAAUGGCAACGAUACGAGCGAUAAGGGCAAGAAGAAGGAUAAGGAGAAAAUACGACCGGGAUUGGUGGAGUUGAAGAGCGAAGGUACUGGGUUCUCAGCUGGGGGGACAAAUCAAGUCCGGAAGUCCGGCGUGGCGUAUCAGUGCUAGACUUAACCGACCAUAUUAUAACUGUUAGGUGCCGUAUGGUCACAGUAGGUCAUAUUAACACCUAGCUAAUAAGAUAAUUUCACGAUCACGAUCAGGCUUUAAGAUGGC